GCCUAGGAAAACGGAAAGGGAGAGUCUAGGCGUGGGGGAGGUCAAAAGGGGUUAGCGCGGGCACCUAGGACCCUGGAUGCAGGGAACGGCUUCUCCACUCAGUCCUCACAUGCUCACGGUCCGGAAUUCAGUGCCAAGACUUUCUGCCCAAGGGCAGGUGGGUCGGAACCAGACCCCAAAGGCUCUGUGCCUUCCCCCUCCCUCCCCGGAGGAGGGGAUGAGAGGGGCUGGGGGCGGGAAUGAGGAAGGGGGCUGCGCGCCUCUGCGCCCCGGCUGCGCGUUCCAGCUGUGAGGACAGAUGGAGGCGGCGCGGCUCACCUCGGGGGCUCCGUGCCCGCUGUGCGCCGAGGUCCAGGUCUAGAGCCUCCGGCUCCCUCGUCUCCCACCACGCUGCGGGGCACCGGCCGCCCUACCCCUCCUCCCAAGUGGGGGAAGACGGAGCCUCACUCCCGUGGAUCUCAGAACUAUAGGGUGGGAGGGAGGGCGCCGAAGGGCCGGUUCCUCCCGCGGCGCACCCAUCCCCAGGGGCUUGUCUAGGACUCUUGAUGGCCAAGACCCCCUUCCCCUGGCUUCCAGCCUGAGCGCCUCUGGGAAGUGGACCCCUGCCCGGACGCGCCCCGCCCCCGGCCCCCGCCCCGACGACGUCGCAUUAGCAUGAGCGACGCCAGUGGCCCGGGCAGCACUCGGGGGCCGAGACUCACCGCGUCAUAGCCCCAAGUGGAGGGAGGAAUAAAAAAAAAAAAGAGAGAGAGAGGCGGCGGCGGAGAAAGAGGCGAGAGCGGACGCGCGGGGAGGGGAGCGCCGCGGCGGGCUGGAGAGACGGCGGGCAGCGGCAGCAUGCCCCUGGGCGGGCGCACACGGCCUCUGCGCGCGGCGGGGGCUGCUCCUGCGCUCGCCGGCCACCGCGCGUCCAGCCUCCCUCCUCGGCGCCUCCGCGGGCCGGCCUCCGCGCCUGCACCCGGAGCCACCGCUCCCCGGAGCCGCUGAGAGCGGCGGCGCCGCGCGGGACAGCCCUCGCUCCGCUCCGGGCUCGGGGACAUGAAGCCCACGGCCACCUGAAGCACCGGGGGCGCUCGGCGGCCCGGACCGCGCCCCCCGAAGUGCCGCGCCCCGGCCUCCGCACUGCGGGACGCCGGCACCCGACCCAGGCGGAGGCGCCUUCGGAGGAGCGGCCCCCGGGGGCAUGGAGCCCAGCACGCCGAGCGGCCAGGCCCGGGCGGCGGCCAGCAAGCUGUCGGAAGCGGUGGGCGCCGCGCUGCAGGAGCCCCGGCGGCAGCGGCGCCUGGUGCUGGUCAUCGUGUGCGUCGCGCUGUUGCUGGACAACAUGCUGUACAUGGUCAUCGUGCCCAUCGUGCCCGACUACAUCGCCCACAUGCGCGGGGGCAGCGAGGGCCCCACCCCGGCCUCCGAGGCGUGGGAGCCCACCCUGCCGCCGCCCACGCCGGCCAACGCCAGCGCCGACCUGGCCAACACCUCAGCGCCCCCGACGGCCGCCGGCUCGGGCCGGUCGAUCCUGCGGCCCCGCUACCCGACGGAGAGCGAGGACGUGAAGAUCGGGGUGCUGUUCGCCUCCAAGGCCAUCCUGCAGCUUCUGGUGAACCCCCUGAGCGGCCCUUUCAUCGACCGCGUGAGCUACGACGUGCCGCUGCUCAUCGGCCUGGGGGUCAUGUUCGCCUCCACGGUCAUGUUCGCCUUCGCGGAGGACUACGCCACGCUGUUCGCGGCGCGCAGCCUGCAGGGCCUGGGCUCGGCCUUCGCCGACACGUCCGGCAUCGCCAUGAUCGCCGACAAGUACCCCGAGGAGCCGGAGCGCAGCCGGGCCCUGGGCGUGGCGCUGGCCUUCAUCAGCUUCGGGAGCCUGGUGGCGCCUCCCUUCGGGGGCAUCCUCUACGAGUUCGCGGGCAAGCGCGUGCCCUUCCUAGUGCUCGCCGCCGUGUCGCUGUUCGACGCGCUGCUGCUGCUGGCCGUGGCCAAGCCCUUCUCGGCCGCGGCCAGGGCCCGGGCCAACCUGCCCGUGGGCACGCCCAUCCACCGCCUCAUGCUGGACCCCUACAUCGCCGUGGUGGCCGGCGCGCUCACCACCUGUAACAUCCCGCUCGCCUUCCUCGAGCCCACCAUAGCCACGUGGAUGAAGCACACGAUGGCGGCCUCCGAGUGGGAGAUGGGCAUGGUCUGGCUGCCGGCCUUCGUGCCGCACGUGCUGGGCGUCUACCUCACGGUGCGCCUGGCGGCGCGCUACCCGCACCUGCAGUGGCUCUACGGCGCCCUGGGGCUGGCGGUGAUCGGGGCCAGCUCGUGCCUCGUCCCCGCCUGCCGCUCCUUCGCGCCGCUCGUCGUCUCGCUCUGCGGCCUGUGCUUCGGCAUCGCGCUGGUGGACACGGCGCUGCUGCCCACGCUCGCCUUCCUGGUGGACGUGCGCCACGUGUCGGUCUACGGCAGCGUCUACGCGAUAGCCGACAUCUCCUAUUCCGUGGCCUACGCGCUCGGGCCCAUCGUGGCGGGCCACAUCGUCCACUCCCUUGGCUUCGAGCAGCUCAGCCUCGGCAUGGGCCUGGCCAACCUGCUCUACGCGCCGGUCCUGCUGCUCCUGCGUAACGUGGGCCUCCUCACCCGCUCGCGUUCCGAGCGCGACGUGCUGCUGGAGGAGCCGCCGCAGGGGCUGUACGACGCGCUGCGCCUGCGUGAGCGGUCGGCGCUGGGCCCAGACGGCGGCGGCGAGCCCUGCAGCCCACCCGGCCCUUUUGACGGGUGUGAGGACGGCUACAACGAUCACGCCCGCAGCUAGCACACCCGCCUCGCCGACCCUCCCCAUUUAGGUCGCGCUGGAGAGCUGCCGGCCGACUCCGGCUUGGGGCCCCGCCUCCACCAACGAGAACCCCAGCCCCUCCCCAGUCUCGAACUCCCCCUGCAGGGAUCCCUUCCCCCUCCGUGAGCCCUCCCCCCAAACACUCUCGCGUCCGUUGAGGGAAUGGGGCAGGGAGGCGGGGAAGCUAUUGGGCUCCUGACGGGGGGUGAAGCGGUGGGUGUGCGGGCGAUCACCACUCACCCACUGAGCGCCCCCAAAUAGAGUCAUGCAUCUGUGUGUCCUUCCUGCGGAUCCUUCCAGUGCCAAACUCGGUCUGCUGCACCCUGGUGCCUCCGGCCUGAAUUAAUAAACCAUAUCUGUCUGAG